UUUUGCCAGUAAAAUCCAACCCCCUUUGAGGCUUUAAGUAACAACCUGGUUGAAUGGAUAUCACUGUCACCACACAAGCUUUUUUGAGAAGAAUUUCUUCACUGAUCCAAAUCUAAUAGCUUCAAAGAUGUCAACAAUGCUGAAAUUAAUUGGUGGUAAUGAAGGAGAUUGGUUUUCGCUUACUGGCAAGAAAAAUGGUGCCAGUUUGAUGAGGAUAUGGGUAUGGGUGGGGCCAUCGCAGGUGAAGGCUGUCAGGGUCUGGCUUUCAGAUGGGCAAAGUAAAACCUAUGGAAGCCCAGCGGGAGAUCACACGGAGUACAAGUUCCAGCCUGGUGAGAGAAUCACCUCACUGUCCCUUUGGGGCAACAGUAAUGGGACACGACUCGGAGGCAUCAAAUUCAAGACCGACCGACAUAAAGAAUUUUUUGUGAAAAUGACAAGCUGGGGUUUAAAAACCGAAUACCCCAUCGAUGUCGGCUCUGGGUUUUGUCUGGGCGUUGAAGGAAGGUCUGGAUGCGACAUUAACUGCAUGGGAUUUGUGUUUCUCAAUAACAUUCAAUCCGUAGUUCUUACCAAUGUCAGAUAUCCCACUAUUGAGGAAGUGAUUCCACAGGUGGCAUGGGAAGAAAUCAAAUCCGUCACAUUUAGAAAUGACACAUCUGUCAGUCAACAGCAAACAGUUGAAACUUCAAAAAAAAUAAUCCAAACAACCUCGUGGUCUAUGAGCGAAUACAUUACAGCAACAUUCAGUGUGGAGGUGAAGGCCGGGAUUCCAGGCAUUGGAGAAGCUUCCACAGAACUCAGUACUACCGUGGGAAAAGAAAACACUUACAGUCUUGUGUACACAACUGAAAAAGCUGAAAAACUUUCCACCAAAAUAGAAGUUCCACCGAGGAAGAAGGUGGAUGUAAAGAUGACUAUUGGCAGAUGCUCUUUUGAUCUGUCUUACAGUGGCACAGUGAGGAUGACUUGCACUAACGGCGGUGUGUUUUCUUUUCAAACCAAGGGUCAAUACAAAGGUGUCACUUACACUAAAAUAAACAUGGACACUAAAGAAUUUGAUCUUUCAUAUCAAGAUUUAACACAUGCUGCAUAUUGUUGAUGUUAUUGAUAUGAUAUAUGAUAUGGUUGUCAUUGUUUCAUUCUGUUGUCAAAGUUACUGCUUGUUUUGUUGAUUCCUUUCACCUGCACCUAGUUUAGUUCGCAUUACCCCAUGUGUAUAUAUAGCCCUCAGUUUGUUCAGUUCUUUGUCCGCCGUUGUUUGUGUAUAGCACACACUGUUUGUUUGUUUUGCCUUCUUUGGAUUAAUUGCUCAUUGUAUUUUUGUUUUGAUUUGUAUAUUAAAAUUAAAAGUGCUGCA